AAAAAAGUGGGGUGAUACCAGUUGUAGUGUGGUGGGCGGGGUGGUAUGCCCUCGUCCAUGGCCUGUGGCGGCUUUUUGCCUGCAGGUUCUGUGCUUCCCUGCAGUUGUACAUAGAAGGAAUGUUGAAGUCUCGGACUGCCGUUCGAGCGCGUUGUUUCGUUCGAUUUUCUACGCUAUAGCUUACAAUACAUUUUAUUUUUAUGAUCCCAAGCCGGUUUAAUAAGACGAAGUGUUUGCGUGAAAGCUUCGGGACGCCAGAUGAAGAGCGGAAGACCGCAGAUUUAGAGGAAGAGGCGUAAUGAGCACAAAAAUUCUUUGUUCUCGGGACCGGUGUCAGCGGUAUGGGUUUGGUCUAAAUAGUCGCGGGGUGCAGUUGUGCAAUGUGCCCCAGGCGGCUUCCAAGCCAAAGAAGUUCUCACGUGCAGCUUACGCCCGAGAUCGUUGGUAGGGAAGUUUUUCUCCCUUAACUGGUCAAACGUGUCGCACUUUCAGUCUUUUAUGCGGUGUGUUCCCCUGAUUUUCGCUGUAACUCUGUUGGCGGCAGGCGUGUUGCUACGUUUCCGUAGGUGAGUUAAAGUUGUUAGUGUAGGGGUCUUGCUGGUGUGCCGCAAGAAAUUUCACAGGAUGAAACGUCUCCUUUGAGACCUCUCGUUUGGUUCCGGUACACGUACACAGAUUCGACUGGAGAUGUACUGCUCUCGGGCACACGACAGUGCAUUUGACGGGGCAGUGGACUGUCCUCCGAUGGUCGUAUCACAACCACUGCAAAUUUGUGCUUGUGGCCCUCAACAAAUGACAGAAACGAAGCCUCGGUCGCGAAGUGCGCAGCGCCACUGUUCCAGAAUUAUAAUCACGCACAGUGCUAUCUUCAGCGUGCCGCUUCUUGAAAGUCCUGUCUCUGCAUGACAGGAACAGGCAGCUUCUCACUCACUCCAGUCCUUUCACCGGUUAGAUACAAGUACAGGAAAGGGUUUGUCUGUACGCACCCAAACGACCGAUCGCGCACUUGCGCGUUCUGUUCGUAUGUACCUACGUGCUUCGAGCUCGAUGAGAGAGAGCCCGCGGACACCAUAGAACGCACAUCUCCACAGGACACGUGUUGUUCGCGCAACCGCUACCACGUUCAGUCUCGCCUGACGUUUUGUCGCACUUGUGGCUUCUCUUGUGAUAAUACUCUCAUCCAACUCUCCCUUGGAACGCAUUCCUACUGUUUACGAACUCCGGGGGCCUGUAUACCCCGCGACACAAGUGCACAUAAGCCUUUUGAUAUGGCUACGUAAAUGGUGCGUAGGAAUGAAGCCUGUGUUUUCUGGGGCCAGCUAAUAUUACUGCCCUGACAGUACCACUAUGCGGAGCGGCACAGCACACGGAUUGGUUUAAAGAAGUGCCCGACGAGACAUUGGUGCAUUUACCAUCUGAAGUGGCCACGCACACACUGCAAACUGAUGAAAUCUGAGUCUUUUAACAGGGGUAACUUCCUAAAUAGGUUACAGGCGACACACGUACCUUAGUGUGUUCCUAUGAACGCUUUAUUAUGUGUGAAAAUUCUCGGCCAAAGCUUGAUAAUCAUGAUCAGCUGUUUCAGUCAUCCGCUUCACUCGGGUUAGUGUUCACCGGCUUACACUCAACAUGUCAAUGCUAGUCCACAAUCGCGCUCUCGCACACGUCUUCGUCGCCUUGCAAGUUCUCGGAGCAAAUGCGGGCAGGUGCGCCGUGCUCCAUCUUGCUUCCGCUCGUUCUAAACUUGCUAUGGGGAAAAAACCGGCAGACCUCCUGUGCCAGAUAUCAAGCAAGAUCGAUAAGCUCUCCACUUCAUCGUAGAAACAUUUCUCGACAAGCGGCCUCUUAAUUAUUAUCGGCGGGCAGGAGUGGGGGAAUAAUGGGGUUCUGCUGUCUCGCGUUCACUGGCCGAGUACACAGUACGCUUCUGCCUGUUUCGCGACGGCCUCACUUUCCCUCGCUCGUUUAUUCAUGCCACUGAUUCUCAGCGCAGCUCUCUGUAAGCGGAUGCCCCGUGUCCGUUGUUCAGAAUAGCUCACUUUAGCAAUCUUGUGGAUCAAAUCAGUCGUAUGUGGUCCACCUUCACCUAGUGGAAAUCAUUCUUUGGAAUGGUAUUAUUGUUUGCCCUUUUGUGGAAUCGGGUGUGAGAUCAGAGACGAGUCUCAUUGUCUCCCACUCUCUCAACGUGUGAGAGAGACACAAGGCAGGCGAGGGGUUCUCUUCUUACAGAAACUAUCGCGUAUCCAAGCUGUGCUCUGUAGCAGCAUUAGUAAAUGAAAUGCCCCUGCCCAUCUUGUUGUGAUUGUGAGAAUUGGGGACUCUUUCAUUCACGGAAGAUCCGUACUUUAAGAACCAAAGACCACAGGCCGUGGGCAAAGCGCAAGCCCACAGCGCUGAGUUUCGUAACUAAGCGCCGAGGCUACUAACUAGGCGUCGAAGCUCGUACUUAUGCCAGGCGGGCGCGGCUGACAGAGUAGCUGACCUGCCAUCGUAUUUAGAAUGAGAGUGUCUCGGUCACAAUUGUCAUUUUAGUGAGAACAGCUCAACACACUGUUUCGUCACCGAUCCCUUCUCUCGGAUACCUGAGCGUACCCGAACCCGCGGCCGGGUUCCGCCACUUGUUCUUGCUUACGGAUUAUGGGACAGCCGCUAAGUCACCCACUGGUCGAUCUGGCGAUGUUUCUUGUGCUUACAAAGGGAAGAUGCGGCAUCAAGAACGGUUCGACCUGCGAACGGGUGUGUUGUUGUGUAUUGGACUCGUCGGGUGGAGUGGUUUUGUGGUGCAACAUUGUGCCUGCUCCGACGGAGUUUUUUCUGUGCAGUCUCCAAGCGCACCCCAGCAUGACAUCUUGUGGGAUGCUAGGAAAACACAGGACGAGUUACGUGCGUUCAACGGGGAAUCUUCGGGAGAACUGGCAAAGGGUGCUGGAAUUCGAGCUACAGAAGGUGAAGUAUUCGCUGGAGGUAGGGCUGCAGCAGGCGUAAUAUCAGCUGAAAUUCCAGCUGAAGAGGGUGGAGAAGCAGCCGCAAAUCCAACUUCAGAGCGUGAAAUAGAAGCUCCAGCUGCAGAGGAUGAAGCAGAAGCUGAAAUCUCGGACGCGAGUGGUGGCGUUGCAGUCACAAGUCCAGCUGCAGAAGAGGAGCGACUGUCUGCACGCAGUGCCAGUCGUCCGAGUGGCAGGCGCACGGGACCCGACGGAGUUCCUAGCACCCGGGGACUUGUAUUCACUGCUGGUGGGAGUAUUCUAGCGGCGGCUGUCAUGAUGUUGUUAAGUCGUCUUUCAAGGCAAAGAUCUAUACAAGUUUGGACUGUCUGGCGCGAAGAGCGACAGUCCUUGGGAUUGUCCGUUGCAUCAGACGCCUUAGUUGUCGCCAGCGCCCUCGUUGCUCUACUAGGUGGUAAACGCGUAGUCAAAGGCGUAAUGCGGAAGCGAGAGGCUACUAGGCGAAGACGUAGAGACGAAAUUCCUGGAGUUGAAAUGCCAGCCAAGCGCAAACGACGGAGAAGUGAAGCUGAGGGUGCACGGGCCACUGAAGGUGUCAAAGUUUCGGAGCUUGUUGAAGAUGAAACUCCGUCUCACGUCUCAGCCCCAACGGAACCAGGACGGACAGCAAUCGCUGCAACAGCUGUGACAGGGGCAGCGGCCCUGGCAGGAAGUGUAGCACUGGUGUUGGGUUCUCGUCGAUGGUUCAGGUACUAUCACCAAGUCGAGGAAGAGUCCCGAAGGCUAGUGGCCGCCGGUGCUUUAUUCACUGGUGCUUUGUUUGCUGCAUACAAGCUAUUUAAGCAAGUCAGGGCAAAAUUAGCUGCAAGGAGGAAGAAGAGCACGAAGGCGUGAAAUGCGAAGUCUGUGAGAACCGUAUUAAAUGUGACUCAAUGUGGUGACGUGAACGAACAAAUGUGCUGCUCGAUUCAAUUUGGCUGUCCUCUCGUAUGCUGUUGAGCCUCAUGUGGUAGAGAAUUGGUGCGCUUGGAGCUCCAUGUGCACACCUGGCCUUCAGUCUAGGGUGCAGCGUGUGAUACUGGAGUUGUGUUGCCACAAGAAACUGUGCUACAGUUGCUUUUAACGAGGUAAGGUAGUGAAAGUUUGGUUGUACAGCUCUUGUCAAUGGCCUGGUGUUUGCUCAUCUGUUACUGGCAGUCUGGCAAAAAACACUAGAACUCGCAGAGUCGAUCUCCCCAAUAGGACCGUGGUCCAUGUAUGACUGGUCCGGGAUACGAUGAGUGGGAUCGUUUUUUUAGGUUGGGACAUAACGCAGUCGUCGCUUUUGCGAGUUUGGUCGGUGGUUAGCAAUCUUUGUCGCUACGAUGUUUCUGACAGAGGAAGCCAAAAUUAUGGGUACGAACAACUCUUCACUGGACCAGUGUGCACAACGAUGAGAUCGUGAGCGUCUCUUCCGCUGUUCAGAUUCCGCGAAUAGACGUUUCAUGCGUCUACGUCGUCACUGUAUGUUACGGCAUAAUCCAUGGUACCGUCCGGGGGGGGGGGGAAUAAUUCAGUGUCGCACGCUAAACAAAGUGCCAGAUAUGUGCAAGUGUGCGUAGUGAGAUGGCGUGUUUCUAAACACCCCCCUCGCUGGGGCCUUAGUUACGAAGCUGUUUGUGACCGGAAAAGAGUUUCUGACGGUCGUAGUUGUAUUAUUUGUAGGUGGGAAAUGAGUCGACUCUACAGUUUGGCUGCAACAGCGCCUUACUGCAUGCGGCAAUAAAGGCUCAUCAGUGGCCGUGAGAAUACACGUCGAAUGUUAGAGGUUUGCUGUGUUGAUACUCAGGCAUUUAUGAUAGAAGUGCCUGUAAUAGAGGGAACCAGUUUCGCGAAGAUUAAACAAGCAAGAAUGAACGUGAGGAAAAGCUCCAUAUAUGUAGAAAGUUCGAGAUUUUCCCACACCGUCCCCAAUUGGCCCUACUCCGCUACCGAAGCGUCGCGGGUAAGCUGGCCUUGUGUCGGAUCUGUUUAUGUGGAAUCAGAUCGUGCCAGCCCAGCAGAGUCAGUGUGAUUCAAGACGAAGCGAUCGUCCUAGACUAAUUUACAUUUUUCGACAAAAGACGCGACUUCAAAGCCACUUUGUGGCGGGCGUUCCGAUCGGAGUAUGAUAUCACGUUCACGAUGAAAUAUGCUUCGAUCCGAAGCCGCCGAGAUCCCCACAUUAGGCCCGUUCACCGUUUUCCCCCGUUCCGACUCUUUUACGCCCCUUUUUGCCUGUCCUGAGAGAUCUUGGCAUCCCGGCAAAGCGGUGGAACUCAACAUCCUUGCAAAUACGUGAUAGGAUUUCUCUUUUCACACUUUAUUACACGGUGUAACUUCGUGAAGAAACUUCUUUUUGUGUGCCCCGAGAAGCACCGCAGAAUGCCUAAUAAGCGUGUGAGCAACCGUCGGGCAAGAUGCCUUCGUUACGACGACUUCUUGAUGCAACCGCCUUGGUUUUGCUGGGCGCGUUAACAACCGUCACGUGAAAGGAAAAGAAACUACAAACGACACGAAGGUAAGGGUUGACCAACCGUCUCUCACCGCCAUGUGGCGAGGUCAUCUGCCUCGGUGCUUUAUUUGCUGUGCACAUUCACCCUCUAAUUAUUUUAAAAAUGAAGACCUCAUGAAGCACCUCAGAAGCUUCACCCUAAAACGGAUUACCACGCGUAUCACCGUUUAACAGCACGCUUCGAUAAACGCCGCACUCCCGCCGUUUUACGUUGUUGGCCACUGUCAGAAAUUGACCACAUAAACGUUCACGACGGGAAGUAAACCGAGGAACAUUUCACCUCGAAGUAUUUUCUCAGGGACCACGUUCUCGUUAUUCUGAGGGAGCCGUUGUGGUCGUGGGAACGCUGAUGAUGAAACUGAACUGAAGCUCUCCACCGUUUCCUCCCAAAUAACCCAUGCAGACGGUGAGGCAUUUGAGCACCGUGGAACGAGCAGGUGUUGCUGCAGCGGAGUACAUCUGUAUGAGAGAUUAUUCCCAAGGCUCCAUGCUCACUAGGUUGACGCUGAUAAGAGCAUUACUAG